GAAAGGAAGAGAGCAAAGGGGAGAGAAAAUGGCAAGGAAAAGGAUGACUAGCUGACUUACCUCUGAUGACACAAGCCAAUAUUACAUGAAACUGAUUUUUUGGGACCAGCAGAGAAACAUGCAGGCAGAGAGGAAGUAACAGCUCUUCACGCAGGCAACACCGCUGCCCUCAUAAACCGACAAGGAUUUAUGAUGAUGGAGAACAGCCUUGCCUCAUGACGGAAUAUGUGGAAAAAUAUCCCCAAUAUGGCAACAUCCCUCCUCCCCAAAGCCUUAAGCCAAAGCAGGAGUACCAAGCACAUCGUGGGAAAAUGGAAGGAAUCACAACAUUUAAAUCUGAUUAUCUUCCAUAUGAUGUUGUGAAAAGACCUCUUCAGGUACAAGAAGAGUAUAAACCAAAACCUGGAGAGAUUGAUCUUGGAACUACAUACAAGAGAGAUUAUAAUCCUCAUAAAAUACAACCAGUGACAUUAGUAAGACCUUUAGAGAGAAAGCACAUUCAAAGAGGAAAACUAGACACCAUUCCAACCUAUCAAGAUGACUACAGAUCAUGGGAAGUUCAAAGAAGGGGACGUAAUAAAUUGGACCACCCCUACCAACCACCUACAGAGAAGUUUGGAAAUUCCACCACAUUUCAAGAUGAUUUUAUUCCCCGAGAGCUGAAUCCUAGACAAAGCUUUAAACCUCCUUGUGUAGCCAAACUUUCAGAUGUGCCUUUUAAUGGUGUUACUAGCCAUCGCAGUUCUUAUGUUGCUCAUCCACUGGAACCAAAAUUUAUAAGAUCAAAGGAAGAAUACAAGCCAAGCAGCCAACCCUUAGAAGAUCUCACAACCCACCGGAAUGAUUUUAAAGGACUACCUGGAAAGCUUUCAAAAAGCUGCAAGCCUGAAUACACCAAAGUUGGGUCCAAUGCUCACUUUAAUGGAAGCACUGAAUUCCGGGAUUGUUUUCAGCCAUGGUCAGUCUCAUUGCCAGAAGUCCGCAAGGUAAAAGAAUAUGUUCCACCCACAAGUAACAUGGAUUUAAACUCCACAAGCCAUCUUGACUAUGUUUGGCAUGAGAUCUGUCCUGUUGCCCCCAUAAGACCAGUUUCUUAUGGAAGAAAGAGCAAAGUCCCUUUCCAAGGAAACACCACCAUGAAAGAAGACUUUCAAGCUUGGGACAGCAGUCGGCAGGAAAUUAUUAAAAGACAUCAGGAAAUUCCAAAACCCACUGGAAAAUUUGAUGGAUUGACCACAUUCCAAUCUCACUAUCUACCACAUGAAAUAAUUCCAGCUCAAAGUUUUAAACCUUUACAUGUUGCUCUCUCUAGUUCAGCUCGGUUUGAAGAUGAAACCAUGUAUCGUACAGAGUAUACAACAAAGAAACAAGACAUUUGCCCAGCAAACUAUUCGUCUCCUCCAGGAUAUGUCUACAUAAACACAGAUUCUCAGGGUCACAAGUUUUUCCACAAAGUUACUCCAGAAAUGAAUACAUUUUCAGAAUCCAGUGAUAAUCAUAUUGCAAAGGAAGUAGCUGUUAUGUCAUAACUUUCAAUUUUACUGGUUUACACAAUUUUAUAACAUUUGGAACCUUUGGAGCUCAGAUUCAAAACAAAUAUAAAAACAAAUGGCAACUGAAUAUGCAAUUUAUUAUUGUAAUGUUUAAAAUGUUAAAAUUACUUAAAUUGAUUUAUACUCUAUAAAUUAUAGUUUUAAAAUCAAAGAUUAGACAACUAGUGCUAGCAGUAUUCUCCUGAAUAUUUUGCAUCAAAUCUAUUCUCUUUAAUUGUGCAUCUACAAUUUUCUGUGUUUUCUAGUUUUCAUUAUGUUCCAGUCCACGCAUAUGUCAUCAGCAUUAAACAUGAUAGCUGUUUCCUGGAUUUUUAAAAAAUCAUUAAAUAUCUAUAUUAGCAAUAAUAAGCCUUAAAUGUAACUUCAGCACAAUUAACAUUUUCACAAUAUAGUUAAUGAAACUGACAAUCUAAUUUAGGAGAUAUUCUCAGUAUUACUUUUGAAAUAUGGCUUUGACAUAGUUUUCUUUAACAGCAUAGAAAAAGGAACUUUUUUAAAAAUCUUGCUAGCCAAACCGCAUUACAGACUUGCUCCCAUGGUCGGUCUUAUUGCCUGUGGUCUGCAAGAUAAAAGAGUAUGUUCCACCUACAGGUAACAUGGAUUUAAACUCUACAAGUAUGUUCAGCAUGAGCUCUAUCUUGUUGCCCCAGUAAGACCAGCUUCUUAUGGAAGAAAGAGCAAAGUCUACUUCCAAGGAAACAUCACUAUGAAAGAACACUUUCAAACUUGGGACAGCAGCCAGUAAGAAAUUAUUGAAAGACAUCAGGAAAUUCCAAAACCCAUUGGAAUAUUUGAUGGAUUGACCACAUUCAAAUCUCAUUAUCUACCAUGAGAUCAUUCCAGCUCAAGGUUUCAAACAUUUAGAUGUUGCUCUCCCUAGUUCAGCUCGGUUUGAAGAUAAAACCAUGUAUUGGACAGAAUAUAUUCCAAAGGAACAAGAGAUCUGCCUGGCAUCCUAUUUAUCUUCUCCAGGAUGUGUCUAUAUGAACACAGAUUCUCAGGAUCACAAGUCUUUCCUCAAGGUUACUCUAAAAAUGAAGAACACUUUCAGAAUCCAAUGGCAAUCAUAUUGCAAAGAAAAUAGCUGUUGUGUCAUAACUUUUAAUUUUAAAUGUUUACACAUUCUUAUGAAAUACCAUAUCUUCUUACAUAUAACACACACCCAAAAAUCAGCCACUGGAAAUUGGAGGGGUGGGGUGUACAUUAUAAGUUAGGAAAUAUGGCAACAGAAAUUUCUGCCACUUCAGCUUUUGCUAGGCACAAGUGGAAGAACUCUAUACAUGAACCACAGAAAGCAGAACAAUGAAUAAGCUACUGCUACUCUAUUACCUGCUACAAGCAAAAUUUAUUUUUCUUCAUUCUGCCUUUCAAAAACAAGGGGCAUAUCUUAUUCUAUGGCAUGUUACAGAUGAGGAAAAUAUGGUAUUUAGAAUCUUUAGGCCAAGUACAGAUGUUCCUUUUGUACUUCUAAAAUUAUUAAAUUUCUUAAAGUGUUUCUCAAUUAUAAUUUAAAAAUCAAAGAUUAGGCAAAUUGUGCUAAUGGGAUCCUCCUGAAUAUUUUGGAUGAAGUCUAUUCUCUUUAAUUGUGCUCCUACAAUUUUCUGUGCUUUCCAGUUUUCAUUGUGUUCCAUCCCAUGCACGUCUAAUGCCAUUUACAUAUUACAACAUUUGUUCUGGCUUUUAAAAAAAUCAUUAAAUUUAUGAUACCAGUUAUAUGCCUUACCUAUAGUUUAAAUGCAAUAUAAAUUUUCCCAGUAUAGUUAAUGAAACUGAAAAUCUAAA